UGUGAUAAAGGGAGGGUGUAUGUCUCUCGGGGUCCAGGAAUAAUUUUUUUUUUUAUGUAUUUUUUAUUUUUAUUUUUUAUGGUUUCCGGAAGUGAACAGGGUCUACACUAUAUACUGAUACAGAAAUAAUGCAGAAAACGGCGUGAGAGGGUAAAGUCGGGAGCAUAAGCCAUAGAUGCGCGUGGCGGCGGUGCACAUCUCCGAACCGUUGGCCCUUUGAGUCCGUGGCGGGAGAGGGAAUCCAUUACUAAUAACCCGACACAGGGCGAUGCAGCGAACUAACACGACGAAAUCUUACCCCAGGAGGGAUUUUGCGGCCACGAGUAACAUGACUGACGCAACGAAACACGAAACAAAACCGCAAAACGUGAAAAUACAUAACAUAGUGACGCUGCUAGAGUGACAUAACGCGUUGUGAGUGACUAGUCUUACAUAUAAUAGCUGAAGAACGAUAAGAACAUGAAUAUACGUACAGUGACGAUGCUACAGUGACAUAGAGCGUUGCGAGUGACUAGUCUUACAUAUAAUAGCUGAAGAACGAUAAGAACAUAAAUAUGCGUACAGUGACGAUGGUACAGUGACAUUACACGAUCUAAGUGACUAUGAUUUGCAGUGAUUAGCUGAGAACACUAAGAACAUGCCAAUACGUACAGUGACGAUGCUACAGUGACAUUACACGAUCUAAGUGACUAUGAUUUGUACUGAACAGCUGAAGACAAUGAGAACAUGAAAAUACGUAGUGACGAUGGUAUUGUGAAAGCGCGUUCUGGGUGACUAAAUCUUGCACUGAAAAGGUGGAGGAACGACAUGAGAGUGAAUACGAUACAAUACGAAACAGAAUAACAUGCACAUACGUAUAAAAUAAAAGAGAUAGUGAGUGAAGUAACGCGCUCUGAGUGACUAAAUCUUGCACUGAAAAGGUGGAGGAACGACAUGAGAGUGAAUACGAUACAAUACGAAACAAAAUAACAUGCAAAUACGUGUAACAACAGAGAUGGUGAGUGAAGCAACGCGCUGAGUGACAGAAGGUACAUAUAAGGUAACAGAAUAACAUGAAAAACGAAUAAUAACAGUGAGAUAGUGAGUGAAGUAACGCGCUGAGUGACAGAAGGUAAAUAUAAGGUAACAGAAUAACAUGCAAAUACGUAUAAUAACAGUGAGAUAGUGAGUGAAGUAACGCGCUGAGUGACUGGCGGUACAUAAAAGGUGAAGAAGAAGGACCAGCAGUAAUACCCCGGGAGGAAGCAGCGGGGCAGUGAGGGGGCACUCAGCAGCCGAUGCCCCGCGCCCCGCCCCCCUUCAAGGCGUGUGGAGGGCGCGGCGGCCCCUUCAGAUGACCGCCGCCCCGCCGCCGCCUCCGCCGCCACCCUCGCAAUGAAGUUUUUGUUCCGGAAGAAAUGGAAGCGCGGAAAGACCUUCGCCGAGAAGCUGCCCUGGGUGGCCAUACAGAGCGACUUGCUGGAGGCGACGCUGGGCAGCCGCGGCAGCAGCCGCAGCAACAGCCCCGGGCCUGAGGAGGGCCUCGCGGGGCCUGGCUGGUGCGGGCGCGUGUGCCUGCUGAGGGUGCUGCAGCUCACCCUUCUGCUGGCCACCCUCGCCGCGGCGGCCAACUUUCUCGCCUCCGCCCUGGUGGCCGUGCCCGCGGCGCGCCCACGCCCGCUGCUGUCCCCCGUGGCCGAGGAUGCGCUGCCCCGCGCAGCGCCCGCCACCCUGCUGGACCUGGACGACUUCGAGCUGCUGCAGGAGGCCGCGGCGGCGUGCGGCCCCGCGCGGCUCUUCUUCGUGUUCCUGGUACACUCCCGCCCCGAUCACUUCCGGCAGCGGCAGGCCAUCCGCGCCACGUGGGGCGGCGCGCGGGACCUGGGCGACGGCUGGGCAGCGCGCACUGUGUUCCUGCUGGGGCGCGGCGGCGGCGGCGGCGGCGGGGAAGGGGCGGCACCGGACAGCGCGGGGCUAGACAUGGAGGACGUGGUAGCGCGGGAGGCGGAGCGCCACGGGGACUUGGUGGUGGGCUCCUUCGUGGACCACUACCACAACCUGACCUACAAGCACGUGAUGGCUCUGCGCUGGGCGGCACGUCGCUGCUCGCACGCCACCUUCCUCGUCAAGGCGGACGACGACGCCUUCAUCGACGUGCCAGCGUUGCGGGCGCUGCUGGGCCGCACCUUCAGUCUGCCGCCGCCGCGCCGCACGCUGGCCUGCAACGUGCUGCCGGCGGGCACGCGGCCGCAGCGGGCGGGCAAGUGGGCGGUGAGCGAGCGUGACUACCCCUGGCCCGAGUACCCUCGCUACUGCGCCGGCCUGUCCUAUGUGGCCACGCCCGACGUGGCGGACCUGCUGGCACGCGCGGCGCAGGCUGGCGUGGCCCCCAGGGUGUGGGUGGACGACGUGUGGGUGACGGGCCUCCUCACCGAGGCGCUGGGCCUCAGGCCGCACUACCUCAACCUGCGCUACUCCUACGACCACGUCGAGCUGAGCCAGUGGGCCGCGCACGCCCGCCCCGCCGCGGCGCCGCCCUACAUCUUCGUGCACCUGGACCCCAACCUACCGGACUGGCGGCCCGUCCUCGACACGCUGUGGAGCCACGCCCUCGCCGCCCAGAACGCUACCCAGGAGCCGCCUACCACCACGGCCCCGCCCACGGCCUCGUAGCCGCCGCUGCGGCCGGUGGCGUGCUGCCACGCGCGUGCAGGCACGAUGAGGUGAGGUCCCCGUCUCCGCGAGUCACGAGGGGCGAGGCGCCGCUGCAGCCGCCCGACCCGGAAGCUUCGCCGCCGCCUGGGGUUCGGGCAGGUCACGGCCUCGUCACCUCGGCGCCCCGCUGCUGGCGAGCGCCUGACCUUCCGCAUGACGCGUCACCUCUCCGCUAGGGGGCAAACUUGCAGCGCGGGCCCGCGGCCUGGCGUCACGGCUGGCUGGGCGGAAGCCUCGACCUGUGCUGCCGCCAACCACCAACAACACCCGGAAGACCGCCAGCCACUUGACAGCCGGUGACUCAGAGGUCCCGUCAACCCUCCCGCUGCUGCCUGAACCUUCCCACGGGUGUCACGGCGACGCGCAGCGCCAGGCGCCCUGACCAGCGCCGCCGCGCCGUCACACCGACCUGCCGCGGGAUCCGCGGACCGGCGUCACUCUGCAUGACACACGCGAUUACGGCGUGACAUGCAUGCGCGGCUCCCAUACGCGGCGCGGCUCCUCAAGAUCUUGCGGCACUCAAGCGCCGCCACCUAACGAGUCUCAACGACGAUCCCACGCCCCGCCCGGCCCCUCCCGGCCCGCCCCGCCCGGCCCCUCCCGGCCCGCCCCGCCCUGCCCCUCCUGCCCGGCCCCGCCCGGCCCCUCCCGGCCCGCCCCACCGCCUCUGGACAUUAUUUUGACAGUGUGAGUGAUGGGCGCCGCGGCCGUACACGCGGGCAGUGCUGUUCACCAGGCUGGCGGCCGUCACCGCCACGCCGUGACACACGACACGCCGCGUCCCCCCGCCCCCUCACCGCGACCACUCCCCGCCCCGUGGCCGACGGUCCCCUCGCCUCCCCCUCCCCCUUCCCUCCCCUCUCGGCUACUACAGCACAGCUUCCCUAACUGUCUCCUAACCCCCAUUCCCCUCGCCCCGGUACCGUUUACAUGUCCAUCAAUGUUCGCCUUCUCCGCCGCUCCCCAGUAGCCUCCCCACCCCACCCCUCACUCGCUCCCCCUUCACCUUCUCUCCAUUUCCCUUUCACUCGCAUUGCAACCCACCUUUCUCAGCGUUCAUCCGCCCCUUCCUUUUCCCUCCUUACACCAAAUUACUCCUAUCAUUCAGCUGCUAACUCUCCCUUUCCCAUCCCUUCCCUUCACUUCCUGACCCUUCCCUUCUAUUUCCAUAAUUUCUCUUCCCCUCCCUUCCUUACCCUUCCCUUCUCUUCCCCACCCUCUCUUUCCUACCCUUCCCUUCCCAUCCCUUCCUUUCCCUUCACUUUCCUUCCCUUCCUUACUCUUCACUUCCCUUCUCAUCCCCACCCUCCCUUUCUCUUCCCCAUCCCCUGCUCCCCCCUAUCAUAUCCGCCCCCCCUCCCCCUUCCCCCUUCCCGUUUGCGCCCCAACCCUUACUAAUCUGUGAUAUAUUAUUAUGUAUAAGAAUAAAGAGUAUACGAUUUAA